CUUGCUAGCCAAUUACCGGACGAGCCGCCUGAGGGUGAACGGGGUGCAGUCAUGGUGAAGUUUCGUUUGCCCGACAGCGAACAGGUUGUGCGCCGUUUCCGAUCAUCUGAGAAGCUUGCUGUUUUGAUAAAAUUCCUCGGAGCAAAAGGCUAUUCAGCGAGUGAUUACCGAUUCUUCAACUCUGAUUUCCCCAAAAAGGAUGUAACAACAUUCGACGAGUCGAAAACGUUCAAGGAAUUGCACUGGCCAGUACGAGAGCAAAUAUUUGUAGAAGAACGCUGA